AUGAGCGCACACUCCAAAGGCAGCAAGCCAGGACUACAUUCUGUCAAUACCAGCAAAGCAUCGAUCAAAACCACUUCCACCACUACAGACCCUCCUCCCGCCACCAUUCCAUCACAAUGGCCUCCUUCCCAGUCACCGGCCUCCGCCUCCCCGGCCUCAUCCUCGUCCUCGUCUCCGAUUGAAAGCGUGCACGAUGAAUCUCACGCUUUGAGCAGUGAGAAGACGCAGACCUUGAACCCUUUGCCACCAACCAAGGACGAAGAGAGCCAGCUAGAGGUUACCCGUACGGCCACCAGAUCCACCCAAGCUCCCGAUGGCAAUGAGUAUCCCGAAGGCGGCCUGUCCGCCUGGCUCGUUGUGUUGGGUUCGUUCUGCGGCUUGCUUGCGGCUCUUGGUAUCAUGAACACUAUCGGUGUCUACCAAAGCUACCUGGCCGAGAACCAACUUGCCGGAUAUAGUGAGAGUACUAUUGGCUGGAUCAUCAGCAUUUACGUCUUUCUCUCUUUCGGUGCUGGCUUGAUCAUUGGGCCUGUGUUCGACAAGUAUGGACCGCGCCUGCUCCUCCUAGCCGGCAUGGUGUGCAUCAUGCUCUGCGUCAUGCUGCUUGGUGUCUGUACCGCGUAUUGGCAUUUCAUCAUCGUCUUCGGCAUUAUUGGAGGUGUCGGUACGGCGUUGAUCUUCACUCCUACGAUCGCUGCUAUUGGGCACUUCUUCUACGUCAAGCGAGGAGCCGCCACUGGACUUGCGGCCGCGGGAGGCAGCCUGGGCGGUGUCAUCUUCCCACUGAUGCUGCAAAACCUGUUCCCCAAGGUCGGCUGGGGUUGGGCGACUCGCAUUCAAGGAUUCGUCUUCUUGGUGCUUCUUCUCGUGACGAACCUUCUCGUCCGAUCUCGACUUCCACCCAAGGCGAACGCAAACGUGUGGCCCGACUUUCGCAUCUUUCGCAAGGUCGACUUCGCACUACUCACGGUUGGCACCUACUUCAUGGAAUGGGGUCUGUUUGCACCUAUCAGUUACAUUACAGCCUACGCUCUAAGUUCGGGUGCCAUGAGCACGACUUUCGCUUACCAGAUCAUCGCCAUUCUCAACGCUGGUUCGACUCUUGGCCGCUGGCUGCCUGGCUUGGUAGCCGACAAGAUUGGUCGAUUCAACGCGGCGAUCCUGGCCUUGCUCCUAUGCUUGGUCUCUGCCAUCUCACUCUGGCUCCCUGCGACUAUCCUCUCCGCAUCGCCAGACCACGCCGAGCACAACUCUGUCAUCUACGGGCUGACGAUCACGUUCUGCGUCCUGUUCGGCUUCGGUUCUGGUUCCAACAUCUCCCUCACACCAGUCUGCGUCGGCAUGCUCUGCGACACCGAAGAGUAUGGACGAUACUACGCAACGUGCUACUGCAUAGUGGCAUUGGGCACCUUGACGGGUAUCCCUAUUGCUGGAGCGCUAAUCGAGGCCUGUGAUGGUGCUUUCUGGGGCGUGGCGACGUUCACGGGGUUGUGCUAUGUGGUUAGCUUGGCGGCUUUCAUUGCCGUGAGGGUUAUGAAGGUUGGGUGGGGGCUGAGGGAGAAGAUUUGA